AAGUAAUGAAAUAUCUUCCAAUGAUGUAGUUUGGAAAAAAGGUGGUGCAAAGGUAUUAUUAACAGUAGCUUAUGAUGAAGCAAUGCAAAACAAAGAGAUUAUUUUAGAUGUUCUUCAAAAUAUAAACAAGAUCUUAUAUUCUAAUUUAGAUUACAUAAAUGAAAUGCAAAAUUAUUAUGAAUACGUAUUAUGCGUUUAUAAAGAAGCACUGGUAUAUGAACUGAAUAUUAAAUCAAUACCAACAGCAACAACUAUACUGAUAAGACCACUUACUACACCAGAAAAAACUCUACCAUUCCAUUUAAAUUUAAACUAUAAUUUUUGCAAAGGAGGUAUUUCUGAAUCAGGAACUGGAUAG